CUCUCUCUCUCUCUCUCUCUCUCUCUCUCUGAAUUUCAUUGAUUCCUCGUCAUUUCUCGUUUGCUCUCUUUAUCAUUGGCGACAUCAUGGCGAACGCAGCAUCAGGAAUGAAUGUGCAUGAUGAGUGUAAACUCAAGUUCUUGGAACUAAAGGCGAAGAGAAACUAUCGUUUCAUUGUAUUUAAGAUUGAGAAUCAAGAAGUGGUUGUGGAUAAACUUGGAGGCCCCACACAAACCUAUGAGGACUUCACUGCUUCUCUUCCACCUACUGAGUGUCGAUACGCUGUCUUUGAUUUUGAUUUCACUACGGAUGAGAAUUGCCAGAAAAGCAAGAUUUUCUUCAUUGCGUGGGCCCCUGAUGCAUCCAAAGUAAGGCAAAAAAUGGUGUAUGCAAGUUCAAAGGACAGAUUCAAGAGGGAACUUUAUGGCAUUCAGGUUGAAUUGCAAGCUACGGAUCCUAGUGAAAUGAGUUUGGAUAUCGUCAAAGCUAGGGCAAUUUAGUAGUAUUUCUCAUAUUAGUUAUAUUAUUCAUGUUUCAAUCUUAAUUAUUUCCCAAAACAACUGUUUUUCAUUUAAUUUCUUUAUUGUUGAAUGGUCAAUAUUUUAUAUAGUUUGUAGCUUAAUGUAUUUCUACUAAACAAUGUUUCAUGCAUUUGCGAGUUUUUUCCUUGGAUUCUUGAUUGCAUACAAAAUAUUCUGCAGUGAAACAUGCAAGUGGAUUUCCCAUCGUCCCCCUUUUAUGGGCGGAAAAAGAAACAUUUCGCAUUUUUAAUUUUUUUUUAGUAUUAUACACAUGUCACAUAC